GCAUGUAUUUUUGGGGAAGUCCAGUAAUGUUGCUGCCAAAAUAGACCCGAAAGGAAAAGUUAUUUAACCAUACUGUGUGGAGGACAAGAGCCCGUACAUCCUUUGACAGGAUGUUACUAAAAAUACUUCUGGGCGUCCUGUGCUGUGUCGGAGCCUUCGCCACAGAGAACAUCACGGAGCAGCUGAGUCCUCCUCAGCUGCUGCUGGUGUCUUUCGAUGGUUUCAGAGCGGACUACCUGCGGAGGUUCCCCAUGCCCAACCUGAAGCUCCUGUACAGCCAAGGGAUCCUGGUGGAGCAGCUCACCAACGUCUUCAUCACCAAGACCUUCCCCAAUCACUACAGCCUGGUGACAGGGCUGUACGCUGAGUCUCACGGCAUCCUGGCCAGUAACAUGUACGACCCCGUCAGCCACGAGUACUUCCACAUCAACAACGACUCCAACCCCAUGUGGUGGAACGAGGCUCGGCCCCUCUGGAUCUCAGCACUGGACUCCGGAUAUAAGACGGCGGCCAUGAUGUGGCCCGGCUCCGAAGUGACUAUUGGAAACCGCACAGCGACACACUUCCUUCCCUACAACCCUCAAGUGACGUUCAAGCAACGAGUGGGGAACGUGACCAAGUGGAUGUUAGGGGACAAAAAGGAGAAAGGAGUGAUGUUUGCAGCGCUCUACUGGGAAGAACCGGACCGCUCGGGUCACAUCUUCGGCCCUGACAACGACACCGCCAUGAGCCAAGCCCUGAAGGAGGUACAGUCAUUGGGACACGCUCAAUAUUUCAAAGAAGCUCACUUGAUUCUGACACAAAAGGUUCCUGAAAUCUUAUGAGAUGUAUUGAAUUAG